AUGAUUGCCGGACACGACCUGACAGCACUAACAAACACAUUAGUCAUAUUCAUACUGGCUCAUCACGAAGACGUGCAAAACAAAGUGUUUAAUGAAAUAAAUUCGAUAUUUUCGUCUGGCGAUUCUAACCGACCACCUACGUACGAGGAUAUACAAAAAAUGGACUACUUAGAACGCGUGAUCAAAGAGACCAUGCGGCUUUAUCCUUCUGCGCCCAUUGUGGCCAGAACAGUAGAAAACGGAAUGACCAUUGGAAAAUAUCAAAUCCCAGCAGACACAAUUAUUGCCAUUCCUAUUCAAUGUUUGCAUUUAAAUGCCAAAUACUAUAAGGAUCCGGAACAAUUUAAUCCUGACAACUUCUUGCCCGAGGUGUGUCGCAGUCGUCAUCCUUUUGCGUACAUUCCCUUUAGCGGUGGCUCGAGGAACUGUGUUGGAAUGAAAUACGCAAUGCUUCAAAUGAAAAUCACUGUAUCUACUCUUGUGAGGUCCUAUCGUUUUUCACCGUCGGCAAAAUGCCCUACGCAGAAGGAUCUUAAACUUUCGUGUAACAUAAUAUUUAAGUUUGCCGAUGGAUGUCACGUUAAAAUUGAAUCACGAACGUUAUGUGUAAUUUAA